AUGCCACAACCCACAUGGAAUAUGGAUCUUACUAUUCUUCCUGGUGAUGUACUGUCAUUAUAUGGUGAACCGUUUUACGAACUAGUUCGUAAAUUAGCUGGUCCAGGUGAGGCAAAAUUACUUGAGAUACAAGGUAUUCGAAGUGCUUAUUCAUUGAUCAAUACUGAGGAUAUUUUCGAUAUAUUAAAUUAUCCAUGUAAAGCAUUGAAUGAAGUAAAAACAAGUAUAUGUCUAUUAUUGGAUGAUAAUCGAUAUAUUAUUAAAGCCGGUUGUAAAAGUAAUUUACGAUAUCUCAUUCAAUUAUUUACCUUAAAAAAUCAAGAACAUUUGAAAACAAUGGGAGCCCGAUUGAAAUCAAAGAAAUCGAAUGAUAAUGAUAUUAGUAAUACUUUUUCAACUCAAUCGUCAGCACAAGUUCUUCCACUCUCUUCAUUAUCAUCACAACAAACAACACCAGCAGAUGAAACGAACGAAUUAAAGCAUCGUGAUUUUAUUACUCGAGCAUUAGAUGAUUGGUUUAAUAAAAACAAAGCUAAUUUUAAUCUUUCAAAUGAAAAGUUUGUCGAAAAUGUUGAUUAUAAAUUAACAUUAGUUCUCAAUCAAGCUUCUGAAGAAGCUUUUAUUUCAUGUUCUUGUGGCGUUCGUGUUAAUCUAGGGAAAGAACGACGUCAUUUUUCUUUAAGUAAUUAUUACAAACAUAUAAAAUCAACGAAAUGUACUAUGGUUUACAAUCGAAGAAAGUCCAUGACUAACAACAGAUCUAAUGAAGAAAAUGAAUCUCUUCAAAAACAAAUUUCACAAACUGACGUGAUAACUUCUGUAGAAUUAUCAUCAAGUACUCAAAAUAUCAAUAAUCAGUCGUAUCAUACAUCUAAUAAACGUAAAGAGUCUUCUUCAUCGAGUGAUGCAUCACGAAAUAUUCGGCACAGGUCGCAAUGA